AUGGCUUCCUCUGCCUCCGGGAGAGGAGGCGGCUUCCCCUCGCCGGCCGCGGUGGCGGCGUUCGUGGUGCUGGCGGCCGCGGUCGUUCAGGCGCGGGGAUCGUCCGCGGCGGCGCCGUGCGUCCCGCGGGUGUUCAGCUUCGGGGACUCGCUGGCGGACACGGGCAACUUCCCCUUCCUCUACGGCAACGACUCCCGCGAGCCGGCGCUCAGGCCGCCGUACGGGGAGACCUUCUUCCGCCGCGCCACCGGCCGCUUCUCCGACGGCCGCCUCAUCGUCGACUUCAUCGCGGACACCAUGGGGCUGCCGUUCGUGCGGCCGUACCUGAGCGGGCGCACCGCGGAGGACUUCGCGUCCGGGGCCAACUUCGCGGUCGGCGGCGCCAUGGCGCUGGCCCCGGACUUCUUCCGGGGGAGAGGGGUGCCCAUGGGCGACCGCAUGCACCUCGGCAUCGAGAUGAAGUGGUUCCGCGACCUGCUCGAUCUGCUCUGCCCCGGGAACCGGACUGAUUGUAUAGGCAUGAUGAACCAAUCUCUCUUCUUGGUUGGAGAAAUUGGGGGCAAUGAUUACAACAUACCUCUUCUCUCUAGGGUGCCCUUUGAGAAGAUUCGCACCUUCACCCCGAGUGUUGUUAACAAAAUUUCUUCAACAAUCACUGAAUUGAUUGGUCUGGGAGCCAAAACGUUGCUAGUUCCUGGUAACCUCCCAAUUGGGUGCGUCCCAAACUACCUCAUGAUAUUCAAGAGUGACAAGAAGGAAGAUUAUGAGCCAGAGACUGGUUGCCUACGGUGGAUGAACGAAUUCUCAGAGUACCACAACAGACUUCUCGUUGAUGAGUUGGAAAAGUUGCGGAAGCUUCAUUCUGGCGUGUCAAUAAUCUAUGCCGAUUACUAUGAAGCUGCCAUGGAGGUCUACCGUUCUCCCAAAAAAUUUGGGAUCGAGCAUCCUUUAGAAGCAUGCUGUGGUGGAGGAGGACCCUACGGUGUGUCCAUGAUUGCAAGAUGUGGAUAUGGAGAAUACAAGGUGUGUGAUGAACCACAAAAGUAUGGAUCAUGGGAUGGCUUCCAUCCCUCAGAAGCUGCAUAUAAGGGCAUCGCCAUUGGCCUGCUAAGAGGAACAUACACACAGCCUUCAAUUGCUACCACCAUCAGUUCGUGCCCACAACUUGUUGAACUUGGCUCGUCUAUUGAAUACAAGAACUGCAGUACUGUUCUACACAUGAAGAUUGCUGCCCAAGUGAUUGGCUGGCUUUUGUUUUUCCUUCACUCUGUAUAGACACAGGUUUCAUACAUUGUUGUUUUGUUGGUUCUCCCUCAUUUUCAAUAAAUUCUCUUUACCGUAA